AUGCCGUCGCCACCGCUCAGAGUGGCGGUGGUGUGCUCAAGCAACCAGAACCGGAGCAUGGAGGCGCACUACAUCCUCAACAAACGAGGAUUCAGCGUCCGGUCCUUUGGAACGGGAACUCACGUGAAGCUUCCAGGACCAGCACCCAACAAGCCGAACGUUUAUGACUUCAAAACCACUUACGACCAGAUGUACAAUGACCUCCUUAAGAAAGACAAAGACCUCUACACACAGAACGGCGUUCUGCACAUGCUGGACAGAAACAGAAGAAUCAAGCCCCGGCCGGAAAGGUUCCAGAAUUGCAAAGAUCUGUUUGACCUGAUCUUCACCUGUGAAGAGAGACUGUACGACCAGGUGGUGGAAGAGCUGAAUUCCAGGGAGCAAGAGACCUGCCAGCCUGUGCACGUGAUCAACGUGGACAUCGAGGACAACCAAGAAGAGGCCACCCUGGGGGCGUUCGUCAUCUGUGAUCUCUGUCAGUGCAUCCAGCACACAGAAGACAUGGAGAACGAGAUCGAGGAGCUGCUGCAGGAGUUCGAGGAGAAGACCGGCCGGACCUUCCUGCACACCGUCUGCUUCUACUGACCACCACCCACCACGAGCCGUCUGUUUGAGUUUCCUUUAGUUAAUACUUCUUC